AUGACUUGGAUUCAUCCGAUUUUUAUCGUGGCUUCGUUUAUCGGGAUUGUAUUAGGCUUAGAAAACGGGCUUGGUAGAACUCCUCCUAUGGGUUGGAAUAGUUGGAAUCACUUUGGUUGUAAUGUUGAUGAAAAUUUAAUCAAAGAAACUGCUGAUGCUUUGAUUAAAUUUGGAUUUGCCGAUGCGGGAUAUCAAUAUUUAAAUGUUGAUGAUUGCUGGGAAGAUGCUGAAAUUUUUGCUUCUUGGGGAAUCGAUUAUUUAAAAUAUGAUAAUUGUCAUAAUGACGGUUCUCCUGAAAAACAAAGAUAUACUAAAAUGAAAGAUGCUCUUAUUGCUUCUGGAAGGCCCAUAUUCUUUAGUAUUUGUGAAUGGGGUAAACCACAUCUUUGGGGUGCUGAAGUCGGUAAUAGUUGGAGGACUACAGGAGAUAUAAGGGUAGCAUGGGAUUCAAUUCUUUCAAUAUUAAGAAGGCAACAAGAUAUUACUCAAUAUUCUGGUCCAGGUGGUUGGAAUGAUCCUGAUAUGCUUCAAAUUAGAAAUCCUCCUAAUGAUACUUUAAAAGUUGUUUUAAAUCCUGAAAUUAUUGCACUUAAUCAAGAUCCUCUUGGAAAAUCUGUAAAUAUAGCUCAACGUUCUAGAUUUUUUGAUAUUUGGACUGGAGAAUUAUCUGAUGGUCACGUUGCACUUCUUUUCAAUAGAGCUGAAAUUGCUAUGAAAAUUACUUUAGAUUUUAAAUAUCAUUGUAAAUUAGAAGAUGAAAUUUCUAUUAGAGAUCUUUGGGAAAGAAAAGAUUUAGGAUAUUUUGUCAAAAGUUUUACAGCAAAGGUUCCAAAACAUGGUAUAAAAGUAUUGAAAAUUAAAGGUGGAAUCCCUAUUAAUAUUAAUGAAUCAUUAUCUUUACAACAUAUUGAAAUCUAUAGAUAUUUAUAG